AUCAUAAAUCAUUUAAAAUUCGAGGUUGCAGAAAUAAAAUUUUACAAUUUUCAGUAAUCAUAAUAAUAAAACACAUUUGUACCGUAGAGAGUUUUAUAAAUAUGAAUAUAGAAACAUAUUCAAUAAUAUGGUGAUCCUAAUGUACUUAAUUGGUAAAAAAAAAUAAGAACUGUUAUCGCAUUGCGCGAGUGGUUUGCUGUUGGUCUUACUGGAAUCUCCAUAUAACUACUAACAUAAGUAUAACAGAUUUUUAUAUUGCUAUACCGUAAUUUCGUUAAAAUGUCUGGCAGAAGGAAACCACCACCGCCAGGAUUUAAUUUCAAACCUCAGGAACAACAAGUUGAAGUUACACCUCCAAGAAAUCUUGAUAAACAGACAACAAUCACAGUGGAUGAUAAAACAUUUACUGUACAUGCUGAUGACCUGGUUAAAAUAUGUGACCUUGGUCGAGGGGCAUAUGGUAUUGUGGAGAAGAUGCACCAUAAGCCUAGCAAUACUACAAUGGCAGUAAAAAGAAUUUCUGCAUCAUUUAACAGUCAGUCAUUAGAACUAAAACGAUUAUUGAUGGAUCUUGAUGUCUCAAUGAGAGCUAGUGCAUGUCCUUAUACUGUCCAUUUCUAUGGUGCCAUGUUCCGUGAGGGUGAUGUUUGGAUUUGUAUGGAAGUUAUGGACAUGAGUCUAGAUAAGUUUUAUACAAAAGUAUACAAAAACAACAGAACAAUAACAGAAAAUAUCCUGGGCAAAAUAGCAUUUUCUGUUGUUAGUGCUUUACAUUACCUCUAUUUAAAAUUAAGAGUCAUACAUAGAGAUGUAAAGCCAUCAAAUAUUUUGAUCAACCGAAAGGGUGAAGUCAAAAUGUGUGAUUUUGGAAUUUCUGGAUAUUUAGUUGAUUCUGUUGCAAAAACUAUUGACGCUGGUUGCAAACCAUAUAUGGCCCCAGAAAGAAUCGAUCCAAGUGGCAAUCCAGGACAGUACGACAUCCGAAGUGAUGUAUGGUCACUUGGUAUAUCAAUGAUUGAAUUAGCAACUGGGAAAUUUCCCUAUAACACCUGGGGUACUCCAUUUGAACAGUUAAAACAAGUGGUAAAAGAUGACCCUCCAAGGCUACCAAGUGGACAAUUUACACCUGAAUUUGAAGAUGUGAUCACAAAAUGCUUACAAAAGGAUUAUAAGAAGAGACCAAACUAUGACGCUCUUUUAACUCAUCCAUUCUGUUUGGAACACAGUCAAAAAGAGACGGAUGUGGCUUCCUUUGUUCAAGAAAUACUAGAUUUACCCGAUGACUCUUAGUAGUAUAUUCAUAUUACCUACCUAUAAGUACAAGUGUUUAGUUGCUAACAAUUUAGUUUAUGGAAAGAACACAAACUAUUAUAGAAUCAUAUUAACACAAUGCCUGAGCCCUAUAUGGUAAGGAAAGCCAUAGUUUUAAAGCCAGAUUUUUCUUAAGUAAGCCAGUAAGCGAAUCUGCAAUUUAGCAAUUAAGACCAGUUUGAUGUAGGAACCAGGCAAUAAAGAGUAAGGUUAGUUGUUGUGUAGAUACCAGUCCAUCUAACAUAAACUAGUUCUUAACCAUAAGAAAAUGCUAACCUCACAUUGUGGCCUCAAAAUUGCAUAUAUAUUGCUGAUGGACGACUGUAAUUUUCUAUAGUAUUAGAUAUACAUCACAAGUAAAUUAGUUGAAAUAAAAAUAUUUGUUUAAC